UUUUUUUCACUCUAAACAGCGGCACCUUUACGUUCCACAGGAAUUUCCUCCAUUGCUCCCACAACUCAGGGCGAACGUGUUGCUAGGAGGCAGCGGUUCUAGACAGGAAUGAGACUCCCCCACCGAUGAGCUCAAGAUGAGAGAAUGGUGGAUCCAUGUGAGUUUGAUCUGCAUCCCACUGGUGGCCGUCUACCUGCACAUACCUCCCCCUCAGCUCUCACCUGCCCUGCAGAAAUGGCACAGUUCCGGGGAGGUCUUCCUCUUCAGAGGCAGGAAGGUCUUCUACAGAGAUUCUUAUGGUGCUUUGGGGAGCUCAGAUGUUGUCAUCCUGCUUCAUGGCUUCCCCACCUCCAGCUAUGACUGGAACAAGAUUUGGGAUCCGCUCACACAACGCUUCCAUCGAGUCAUUGCGCUGGACUUCUUGGGUUUUGGCUUCAGUGACAAGCCGGCACCCCACAAGUACUCCAUCUUUGAGCAAGCCAGUGUGGUGGAGGCUCUGGUGACCCAUCUGGGUCUGAGCAAUCAGCGUGUCAACCUGAUAUCCCACGAUUAUGGAGACACUGUUGCCCUAGAGCUGCUCUACAGGAGUGACCAGAAUCGCACAGGACACCUGAUCUUAAACAGCAUCUGUCUUUCUAAUGGAGGAAUAUUCCCAGAAACACACCACCCACGAUUGCUGCAGAUACUUGUGAAGGACUCGAGCAUUUUGGCACUGGUUCUGACACGCCUCGCCAACUUUUACACCUUCCAAAAGGGGAUAGGAGAAUUGUUCGGUCCCUACACACAACCCACGGAUGCUGAAUUCUGGGACAUGUGGACAGGUUUUCGAUACAAUGAUGGAAACUUGGUUGUGGACAGUAUUCUCCAGUACAUCAACCAGAGGUUCACUCACAGAGAUCGAUGGGUGGGAGCACUCACUUCCACGUUCAUUCCAUUGCACGUGAUCUACGGACCCCUGGACCCUGUCAACCCCCAUCCCCAGUUCAUCCGUCUGUACCUGCAUCUGGUGAAGAGGUCCACCGUCACGGUUCUGGACGACCACAUCAGUCACUACCCUCAGCUGGAGGAUCCCACCAGUUUCCUAAAGGCGUAUUUUAAUUUCAUCCACUCUUUCUGACAGAAUACCAUGCUGGACAGAUUUAGGGCCUGCAGUGGAAAAAAUACUUUGACUCCUGUGAAUCUCAGUUGCUUUAAUGUUUUAAGUUUUGCAACAAAUGAAUGUAUCUGUUAAGGACUUUGAUAUGUAUUUUUUUUAACUUUCAGUUCAGUAACUAAUGUCUACUCUGUAAAUAAAAAUUAGUUUUGUUAAAAAAAAUCAA